AUGUUACGCAUAACGUGUGCUUCGAUUCUAUUGAUUUUGCUGAACGGGUGUGCAAGUGCGGCGACGCUGCAGCGUCGGUUGCGCGUCAACAUUGGCAGCGUGGGAUUCUAUAAGAAUAUCAUUCCGGGAUCUUUUCCCAACACCGGACCACCGAUUGAUAUGGCGCUGGACGAAGUGAGGACGUUGUAUGCGGAUACGCUGCAGAUCAAUCAUACGUUCAUCUCCAACUGGUCACUGCUCAGCUGUGAUCCGGAGCUGGUGGAUACCGCUGACGAUCUGAUGGCGAAUUUUUAUUACCGAACCCGAGAGCAGGCGGAUUUGACUGUCUUCAUCAAUCCCGGAUGUAAUGAAAUUGGUGCAAGCAGUAAACUGGCCGCGCAAUGGAACGUCCUCCAAAUGUCCACAGCUUCUGAUAACGGCUUUAUAGCGGACCGGAAAUUAAAUCCUGUAUGGAUAUCCUUGGCUACCGGCAGCUUCACUAAUAUUAUCAGCGCUUACAAACAGCUGCUGCAGGACUAUAAGUGGACCAAUGUGUUUAUGGUGUGGGAGAACACUUCAAACCCGAUAUUUCGCGGCCUCUCGGACGUCAUGUCGAAAGCGCUGCGCGCCCAGCCGAAGAUGCAGCCGGUCUACCGUUCCAUGGCCAUGAACGGCCAGAACGACACAAAUCAACAACUACGGUCCUUGUUGGAAGAAUUCAGGCAGACGAGUCGCGUCAUGCUGUUUUUCGGGCAUUCCGACUAUCUUCGAAAAACACUGUUGUCUGCUUACUCAAUGAACAUGACAAGUGACGAAUAUGUCUAUAUUGGAGUACAACCUUUGUAUCACUUUGGCUCUAUUGGCAAUUUUUCGUGGAGAUUUAACGAUGCAAAUGAUGCGAUUGCAAAGGAAGCUUACAGAAACGUGCUUCUACUCGGUGCCGAACACUUAGACAAUCAGACCGAGGUCGAUCUUGUCGAUCCGGUAAUGCGGGAAUGGAGACGACAGUCAUUAUUAAAAUGGAAUUUCACAUAUAACGAACCGUCACCAUAUUUACGCACCGGCUAUGCCGCCAUAACGAUGUUAGCACAGGUGUUAAAUAACACCUAUACCACCAACCCGGACUUCGAUUACCGCAACGGAACCGCUUUGGCCAAUUUUUUCCUGGGGAAAGGCUUCGAAACAAAGGUCAUGCGGGUGGCAAUCGGAGAGCAGGGGAAUAUUCUGGUCAAUCUUAGUCUCCGUUAUCCUGACGCCGCAACCCACGAAUUACGGGUGGUAAAGCAGUGGGAUGGAGUGAGACAGCAGUAUGUGCAUGUGGCCAACAUAACCUGGGGCAAUGGACCGCCGUCGAACCGGCCGGUGUGUGGUUAUAUGGGUGACGAUCCGGCUUGCUCUAAUGCCGGCGCCCAGAAUGCGAUAAUUGGUGGCACAAUCGGAGCGCUCGUGAUCGUUUCCGCUGUGGCCGUAAUUUUAACGAUCUAUAUCAUCAAGUCAAAGGAAACAAAGAUGGCUUUGAAUGAUCGCGCUUGGGUCUUGGAAGAAAAUGACUUGUUCAUGACCGAUUCAACAGCUACCUUCAUGUCGCUACCGCACGGGGUCAGCGCCUACUACAGCAUGAUGGUUUCCCUGAAAAACAAAUAUAAGCGAAGGUGGAACGGACUGGAAGUGUGGAUACAGGUUCUGCAUGGUACCGCACUGGAACGCGGUGCUGCAUACAAAGUCCUGUACGAAUUCAAUCUGCCCUUCCAAAUGCUCAUACGCGAGAUAAAAGAAUGCUCACAUCCCAACAUGAACCGUUUCCUGGGACUGUACCAGAGCAACACCAUGAAAGAGCUAUUCUUUAUUUACACCGUAACCGCAUGGUCAGCGCGCGGCUCCAUUGCAGACUUGAUUGAAUCACAGCAAGAGCUGGAUUGGCUGUUUCGAGCGUCCUUUAUCCAAAAUCUGCUCAGUGCAAUCAAUUUUGUGCAUUCAAGCGGAAUUAAAUCCCAUGGUUCGCUGUCGGCCCAUAAAUGUCUUCUGGACCAGCACUUUACGCUGAAGUUAUCUGGCUUCGGUUGUGAUGCGAUCCGCAAGCAAAUCGAACAGAUCACGAAAACGACUAUUAACGAACACACUCCGAAACCACAAGUUACUGCAUUAGAUGCAAGCAUGCCAGAACACGCACAAGUCGAGGAUAUGCUGCGAGUUGGAAAGGUCAUCAUGGAAAUUCUGCACUGGCAGCACGCAGAAGACCACUUAGAAAAAAUUGAUCCAAUGGGAAGCCUUUCGAAGCAUAUAUCUGGAUUUCCACCGCCUAUCAGCGGAAUAGAAAAUUUCCCAAUGGGCGCUGCUGUUCGAGCUUUAGCACAAUCCUGUCAGGACAACGACGUUUCCCGGCGACCAACCGCCAAGGCAGCUACACGAAAGCUGGAUGAUAUUCUCUCCCGCACUGCCGAUUUUUCCGGUGCGGUAGUCGACCGGAUUCUGCGGCGAUUAGAAGCGUAUUCGGUGCGCCUGGAGAACGAAGUGCUGAUCAAGACCAACCAAUUGAUUCACGAACGCGAACGCAGCGAACGCCUGUUGCACGAACUCUUACCUGGGUAUGCAGAAUAA